AAACUUCCGGUAGGUACUCGAAGAGCGAGGAAUGGGAAAACGAAAAGAAUCAGGAACGGAGGAAGACAUAUUCUCAGAUUCCUCAGCUGUUGGACAUAAGAAGCAUAAAAAACACAAGAAAAAGCACAAAAAGAAGAAGGACCUAAGUGAAGAUUAUGCAGUCAUUCCUGAAGGAGGGGCCAGCAGUGGUCCUAAAAUCAAACUUAAGCUGAAGAUUGGUGGACAGACAAUGGGAACAAAGAACUUGCCAUCAGUGGAGAAGACAGAAAACAGUGGGGAUGAUUCCCCAAUUAUUGAUGUCACAGAUGAUACUUGGGGUGAAGGUGAUGAGCCCUCUUUCCCAACAAAGAAAAAGGGUGAUGAUACGUCAGACGAGGAAAAAGAGUGGCUGGAUGCUCUGGAGAAGGGGACACUAGACGACUCAGGGAUGUUAAAAAGGAGUAAAGAUCCUAAACUGAUGACUGCAAGACAGAGAGCCUUAAUUCAUGGACAACAAGCUGAACUUCUACAACUGCCAUCAGGAUAUAAGACAGUGGAACUAACAGAAGAACAGGUGGAAAAACGACAACAGAGGGCCAAAAAACGGCGACAACAGGCACAAGAGAAACGAGAGAAAGACAAAAAACAAACUUUGGAUAGACUUCUUAAAAAGCAAGAGACAAAGUCCAAGGGUCCAAAGGUCAAAGGUUCAAGGAGAAGCAAUAUUCCCAGGGUCCGCUACAUCAACAACAGAUCUGAGAUCUCCAUAAGUGUUCCUGUGGGAAUACAGUUCCCAUUUCUCCCUCAGAAAGCAGAGCCUCCCAAGCCACCUGCAGUGUGUGGAGUCAAUGGAUGUAAAAACCUGAAGAGGUAUUCUUGUUCCAAGACAGGAAUUCCUUUGUGUAGUUUGGACUGCUAUAAAAAGAACAUGAUUCUCAAAUAUACAAAGUUACCCAUUCCUGCAACAUGACACACUAUCUUCUGUGACAAGUGAAUGAUCUUCAUUAUUUGAAGUUGAUAAAUUGUAUUCUGUAUGAUGAAGGCAGUUGAAUGGUGGAUUUAAUUGAGACCUAUCAGUUUCAGUGACCUUACCUUCUUUGUCUCAUUUUGAAUACUACAGUAGUAGCUAUGACCUGUUUUAUUUUCAAAUAUGUGACGGAAAAUUGUUGGAAUGGUACAUGAAUGUUUCAUGUAAAAUAUGUGUAUAUGCUGAAAAUCUUAUAAUGAAAUAUACAUGUAGAAUGCAAA